CGGGCUGGAGACCUGGAGGUCUGACGGAGGGUCCAGCUCACCAUUGGGGUACGAGGAGACCCAGUUGAAUUCUGGACGCGAGAGAAAAAAUGACUCCAUCCGGUCCUCUGGCUGUGCGCGCGAUGCUGUGUGCCAGAGGCUCGAGCGUGCAGAAGCCGAGGCCGCGUAACGAAGAGACCCGAGCAGCUCGAGCUCCUGGAUGAGAAGGACCUACACCGCGCUCCCAUGGACUGCACCAUAAAGGAAGCCCUGUCGGUGGUGAGUGACGACCAGUCCAUCUUCGAGAACCCAUACUCAGCGCCCAUCAUGCAACUGAAGACUGACAUGGCGUCUGCCUUUAGCCAGACCAAGCCCAGCCCCGAGCACACAGAGCCCCCCGAGUGGUCCGGCGCCGUCACCCAGAGCAGCAGCAGGCGGGUCGAACAGGUGAACGGAAGCAGUCGGGCUUCCCCGGUGGACUGCAGCGUGACCAAACGCUCCAGACACAGCAGCGCCGCCGACAGCGGCCAGGUGGGCUAUCAGGCGUCCUAUCCGGACCCGGCGCCUCCUCCUCCAAUCACCACGGAGGAGAAACGAGUCAUCGUCCCCGCAGACCCGGAGGUGUGGAGCCAGGACCACGUGCGCCAGUGGCUGGACUGGGCCAUCAAGGAGUACGUCCUGGAGCACCUGGACGUGCUCGUGUUCCACGCGCUGGACGGGAAGGACCUCUGCAAGAUGAGCAAGGAGGACAUGAUGCGCCUCACGUCAGCCUACAACGCCGACAUCCUGCUGUCCCACCUCAACUACCUCAGACAGAGUAGUCCAACCUUCUCCUACACCUCUGCUGCCACCAACCCCACCACCCCCACUCCCCAGCAGACGCGGGUCCAGAUCAAAGCAGAAAACAGUUUUGACGAGAUAAGUCGAGGUCGAGGCAGCUGGCAGAACAACCCGAUGGCGGCUGCCCCAAAAGCUCCUCCGCUGGACCAUCAGCACAGCAGCCGAGAACCAGCCCCCAGGAUGACCCAGGACCCGUACCAGACAUUAGGACCAAUCAGCAGUCGAUUAGCCAACCCAGAAGAAGCCCUGGUCUCCUCCACCAACCCCACCUCCUCUUCCAGGCUCCCCGACCCCAGGACUCACAGGCCUGGGGGCUCAGGACAGAUCCAGCUGUGGCAGUUCCUGCUGGAGCUGCUGUCGGACAGCAACAACGCCAACAUCAUCACCUGGGAGGGAACCAACGGGGAGUUCAAGAUGACCGACCCGGACGAGGUGGCCAAGCGCUGGGGCGAGCGCAAGAGCAAACCCAACAUGAACUAUGACAAGCUGAGCCGCGCGCUGCGCUACUACUACGACAAGAACAUCAUGACCAAGGUGCACGGCAAGCGCUACGCCUACAAGUUUGACUUCCACGGCAUCUCCCAGGCCCACCAGAACCACUCGGCGGAGGGUGGUAUGGGAAAGUACCAGACAGACAUGUCGUACGCUCAGCCGUACCACAGCCACCAGCCAAAACUCAACUUCAUGGCUGCCCAUCCAGCACCAAUGCCCGUGUCUCCGGGAAGUUACUUCCCUGGCACGCCCUACUGGAACUCCCCCAACAGCCCCUUGUACACCGGGACAGCCAUGCCACGCCACCCCCCCACCCACCCCCACCUCAGUUCUUACUACUGAGAUCGAACCCUGGCCCUUUAAGGUCCAGAACCCAACUUAGACCCUGAAUUUCUUAAACUGUGGGGUUGGGACCCAAAAUGGGUCGUGAUCCGAGUCGGAAGUGGUUUGCGGCUUGACAACGCAUAGACCACUCCGAAAACUCUUUUGAGUACAAAGGUCACCAAAUCGGGUAUACUCCCGAGUUCUCUGAGUGUUCGCUGGUUGGGUCCCACGGAUACACUUAAAUGGUCUUUUGGGUCCCCGAGAUGAAAAGUUUAGUGAACCACUGGUCCAGCCCAUAGACACAACCAUCCAGAAUGCAUCCGACCGGAGGGAUCCCCUGAAAUGAAGGUUUUGGAGAACCGACGCUAUGGUUUCAUGUAAAUGUAUUUUUAAUGAGAAUACGAAGAAUGAACGAGUUGAGAUCAAUCGUACCGCAGGUUCUCCUGAGCUGUGGCGUACCUGUCAUAUAAGUAGCCUACUAGUAGUAAAAUGACAGUGAUAAUUGUGUUUUUUCCUUUCCUUUUGACAGUUAUAACUUGUAAAGACUGCUUAUAAUGGGAGUGCUUCUUUUUAUAUUCACCUUCCUGGAUUUUGUAAAGAUUUCGUUGUACAGAAUGUUUCAUACAAUUUAGUAAAACAUUUUUAGGCAUAAACCCAAUAAAGAUUAUACCUUUACUGCAUUGUCUCAAAAUAAUCUAUUCAAUAUUGAAAAGACUGAGCAAGCCCUUAUUCACUUUUUACACCGUCAAAUCCAUGAAUUCAACACGUUUUACUAUUACGAGAUUAUGGAAUAAGAUACUGUAGUAUACAACUUGUCUCUCCUUUAGUGGAGAAGAGGGAGAUUAUUUAGUACGCAACAUGCUUAUUGUACACUAGAGAUCAUUAAGUGUAGUGUUUCUUAAACCAUGGGUUGGGAUAAAAAAAAAGACAGGGUCAUGAUCCAGACGAUGCACAGAGCACACCGGAAUUGGUGAUCCUAGUUUCCUGAGUGUGGUUGAAAUUAUGUUUUGGGUCCCAAGGUUAAAACGUGUAAGAGGUCCUGAUAUAAAAUGAAGUGACCCAUAUUGCAGCACCCUCUUCUGCACAAGACAAGGCAUGCCACUUUAAUGCCAGAGAGCAACAAAUAAAACGAAAGGCAACAAUUACAAUUCUUAGUUUUAUUUGUCAAAACCAAAGAAAGUUUCAAAUAUUCUGUGCGGUUCAACACCAACAUGCUCUAGAACAUCCUCAGACUCCUUAACGACCUUUCCAUCUGCCCCAGAACCUUUAACAGCUUC